AUGGUCGACCCAUUUGGCGUCCUCGGUCUAAUUGGCACUAUAGACACUACCUAUCACUGGGGAAAAGAGCUCGUCGCACUGUGCAAAGCAUCUGCAAAUGCCGAAGCUCGGCUACAUGAGAGCGUCGUGCGCGUCGAGGCUUGUUGGCUGAAGAUCCAAAUUCAGCUUGAGUUUGUGCGCAGACUGGAGCCUCAACUAAGUGAAUGGCACAAGAACAUUCAGCAACAGACACUAGAGGUCCUACUACACAAGCUACAGGCUGCUAACACCAAACUCUCAGGCUUAGUAAAGAAAUCUAAUGCCUUGCCGAAUGAUGCUGGUGAAGAGAUCAUCAUCGUUGAGGUCAAGCGGCCGAAAUAUGCGUUUGUGAAAGAGAGCCUCAUGGAGGCAAUUACCGAUCUGGAGGUUUGGCAGGGCAUCUUUGAUCCCAGCUGGUUUUUGAUGAUGAAAAUUGCUGGGCCUGAGGUUGACCAGCAGCUCUACUUCAUGUCACAGCAACAGUCUGUCUCAACGCACAAGGGAACAAAAGCGGCUAUCCCUGCUGCGCAACACUUGCGCCUCGCACUUAAACCUGUCGACGACGAUAGCACAAAAAAGACCGUCUACCUACUUCCAGAUGGACUCAUCACUGAAAGUGUCCAGCCUCUACCUUACAGCCCAGUCCGCAUAGCUCGUCGAGCUACCACCGGCCAGCUUGUUGUGCUCGACCCCAUCACUUGCACCUCCAGGGCAAGCAUCAAUUCUGCACUGCGCGACAUUCGAAAUUUCGCAAGACGACUGCAGCAAACCGACCCUUUCACCUUUGGUCUUUUGCAAUGCAAGGGUAUUCUGAGUGAGGAGGACUCGAAUGACACGGACGUGAAGAUUAGGAAUGUGGCUCCAGCAAGCCUCUCCUUCGUUUUCCGUAUGCCUCCAACGCAUUCGUACGUACAGAGUCUGCGACAUCGGUUGCUAAGUGGACCAAGUGGCGAACACAGCUCUUUAACGGCACGCUUCGACCUUGCAAGACAAUUGGUCAAAGCAGUUAGCUACGUGCAUCUGUACGAGUUCGUGCAUAAGAACAUCCGGCCCGAGACAAUACUUAUCCUCAGCAAUGGAAGUCAUGUGUCUAUUGAUGCCGGAGGAGACGAGAAGGCUGGAGCAUAUUCCGAAACAGCUGUGUUGGUCGGUUUCGAUGUUCUCCGCGAUGCUGAGGGUAAAACACACCGUCUUGGCGACGACGACUGGGAGAAGAAUCUGUACCGCCACCCACAUCGGCAAGGCAAAACCCCGGAGACAGAUUAUAAUAUGCGACACGACAUUUACAGUGUUGGUGUUUGUCUGCUUGAAGUUGGACUGUGGGAGAGUUUCAUCGAAUAUGACAACGUCAACGCGAAAGAACAAGAGGCACUUAAACAAAUCUCCUUAGAAACAACGAACCUUCGGCUAUCUAGCCUAGUGAAAGACAGGUUAUUGCAACUGGCGAGAGGCGUAUUGAGACGCAAGAUGGGUAUCAAGUAUAGCAAAGUGGUGGAGACAUGCCUGACUUGCUUGGAUCCAAACAAUGAAGAUUUUGGAGAUGAGAAAGAGUUUCAGGACAUGGACGGAGUCGCAGAAGGGGUUAGGUAUAUUGAGAAAGUCGUGCAGAGGCUUGGUGAGAUAUCUGUUUGA